UCUUGAAGGCAAUACCACGGCAAUAUGACGACGACAAUACCACUCGUGUGUCUUGUAAGCAAUACCACGGGAAUAUGACGACGACAAUACCACUCGUGUGUCUUGUAAGCAAUACCACGGCAAAAUGACGACGACAAUACCACUCGUGUGUCUUGUAAGCAAUACCACGGCAAUAUGACGACUACAAUACCACUGGUACGUCUCCAAGGCAAUACCACGGCAAUAUGACGACGACAAUACCACUGGUACGUCUCCAAGGCAAUACCACGGCAAUAUGUCAGCGACAAUACCACUGGUACGUCUCCAAGGCAAUACCACGGCAAUGUGUCAGCGACAAUCCCACUGGUCCGUCUCCAAGGCAAUACAACGGCAAUAUGACGACGACAAUACCACUGGUACGUCUCCAAGGCAAUACCACGGCAAUAAGACGACGACAAUACCACUGGUACCUCUCCAAGGCAAUACUACGGCAAUAUGUCAGCGACAAUACCACUGGUACGUCUCCAAGGCAAUACUACGGCAAUCUGACGACGUCAAUAUGGAGACAAUAUCCACAACUUAUCAUAUUAUGGUAUGUCCAUUAAACUGUUUCUUUGUAUUUUCAGAUGACAAAAUUAAAGAUGGUUCACCAACCUGAGGAGGGGAAGACAACUAAAAAAAGAAGGAAAAAGAAGCAGGUGGCGGAAGGACAGCAAAACGUCGUCAAAUUCUCAAGUAACCAAAAGUGACGAUGUUGGUUCGAGCGACGCGUCCUCCAGCCUUGCGCAAGGUGUGAAAAUGGAUGGAGAAGCGACCUUCACCAACUCUGACUCAAGAUGGAGAACCGACCUUCACCUCGAUUGGCAAGAGAUGGAGAAGCGACCUUCACCCCGACUGGCCAGAGAUGGAGAAGCGACCUUCACCCCGAUUGGCAAGAGAUGGAGAAGCGACCUUCACCCCGACUGGCCAGAGAUUGAGAAGCGACCUUUACCCCGAUUGGCCAGAGAUGGAGAAGCGACCUUCACCCCGAUUGGCCAGAGAUGGAGAAGCGACCUUCACCCCGAUUGGCCACAGAUGGAGAAGUGACUUUCACCCUAACCUUUCCAUAACAGAGAGGCUACCUUUAACCUAACUGAUUCAAGAUGCGGAAAAACACAAGAAAAGAUCCGUGACAGCAAGUGGGUGACAUCACGAAGCAGAGGUCGCUCACAUCACUGACUAGCACGGAACUCUUCAUCUGUGAAGGUGAAAGUGGAAAUAGUGUUGGUGACAAGCGAGACUUCAAGAGAUUUUGGAAGAUGCUCCAGCGUGUCUCAUUAUGCAACCCAGCAAGGGAAGUUUAUCGGGUUGCUGGGGAUAUCCUGACAAUGAAGAUAUGAAAACGGCCCAUGUGAUGUGAUGACUUGACUCACUGUCGGAGGUCGGAAUCGGAGGUGGGAGGUCAAGGCUGCAGGCAGUUAUAUCGCCUACUGACCCUAUGUCACUAAACUUGGCCGAGACAAAAAGCGCUGAUCCUGACCUCAGUCAUAAAGACUGAAACAAGUCUCGGACUCAACAAUAAGCGGACCACUGUCUCCUCAGCCCAUUGAGUGUUCACCAAUUUGGCACCGAGUCCACGAGAGGAGAUAAUGCCUGGCACCCCGCCAUCAUACAGAGACUCUUCUUCCAGGCAGUUCCAGUGCUCUUUGAAUUCCCUGAUACCUUUCGAUUCUGUUGCGGCAACCAAGAAUUCCAGUCAUGCCAGGAUCUGCUAAUGUCUUGGACCGCAUUCAGGCAGGAUUGUGCCAUUCAUCGUAGUGAUUUUCUAGCAGUACAAGUUGUCAUAAACAUACAGGAGUCUUACUAUGUGAAGCUCAGUGAUACCAUUACAGCAUCUUGCAUGGAGUGGGAUGCCAAGCAAGUUUGUCACGCUUCGGGGAGAAUUUAGACAUGGAGUUGUGUACCUGCAGUGGAUGAUGCACUGUCUGGACUAGACAUCAGUGAGACGUGGUCACUGGGAAGCUGGUCCCGGCAGCUGGCGGAGGAGCAUGGUCAGCAGAGGUACAAUGGAAGACAUCGUGCAAUCGACACACUGGUUCGCUAAUGAGGUGAAGAAUGAAUCACUUGACGGAUGGACAGAGGAGAGGAGGAAAGACAGAUGGGAUUACUUGGUGGAGUUUGCAAGAGAUGCAGGUGAUGCUACCUUCCAAGUGAUGCUAUCGUCCAAGUUAUGCUGCUAUCUGCAUGGUGACACCAUCCUUCAAGGAGGAUACUGUCUUCAUUGCGGGAAUCUGGUCAGUGGCAUGGAGAGUGUAUGAAAGAAGCUGCUGUCAGUGCCGUGGAUAAUCUUAAUGUGUGCAGGAGUUGAACAAGACAUAUGGAUUAAUGGCUUAAUUUCAUACAGGAAGUACCGUAGGUUCACUUAUUCACAUGAUCCAGGAUGAAGAGUCUUCAAGGUCUACCUGGUUGUCAUGGUGACAGAUAACACAGAAUGGCGCUCAGCUUGCAGACUACCAACAGGGGGCGCUGUGCAUGAAUGGCAGUCGAGGCGAUGAACACUCGUACUACUACAGCGGCUUACAAGACCGGUACACAUUCCCGGAUCUGGCUUUCCCUCGUGAUUCGGUGCUUACCUGGACAAAAACAGAUUGGUUUUUAAAUAGCCAAGCUUUUAACUUCUCAUGAGAUAUGGGUACGAUUGUUGGUUUUACUACGGAGAGCGGAGUAUUGAUCAGAAUGGCUCGGUGCGGGAGGCUGAGAGAGUCGUGGAGGCUGUAGCUGACUAUAUUGACCCGGUGGAAGGAUGCUGGCCGUGGGGAUUGUACGAGAGCUUCUGGGGAUGUGCUGUGGCUUGGCAGUAUGGAGGAUGGGUCGUGGGGAUUGUACAAGUGCUUCAGGGAAUUGGUGCAGGUAACGUUAAACGGUCUGAAACUUUUGCCCCCAUUCUCAAGCCCAGCAAUUUCUCUGUUUGGUUUCAUAAGCUCAGGUUAUAAUUGUCAGGCAAGUAUCUGCUGUGUUCACGGAGGUUUGGGUAGAGCCUAAAAGGGUCUCCACCGCCUGCUGGCCAUUUUCAUUAGAGUCCUUGACAGAGAUCUAGAUAAGUUGUGAAUUUAUGUACAAUAAGCACAAAAAAUCGCUAUUAAAUGUGGGCAGUCCAGAAAGUUUUAGACUAACCAACAAAAAUAACGAAAGGGUCAACAUAAGAGUGGUAGUGUUGAUUGUAAGUGCUCAGAAAAUAACAGUAAACUGGUGGAUUGUCAACUUAGUAACUUUAUCUCCCAACCAUCAGGCGUGCAACUUUUCAAAACUGAUGACCCGUCAGCAAAAUAGACUGUCUCGGACUGUCGGGCAGGCAGGUAUUCCAAACACUGCCAUAACCAAGUUAAUCUUGAGUUGCUUGCAAACGAAUACUCAUUAAAAAAACCCCAGUAAUAUACCAACACUGUACGUAAUUAGCCUAUUUCUGAUUGCAUACCCGUAUGAGAAGCCAAUUAAAUGGGAACCUAGUGUUUGCAAGAAAAUACUGACAGUCCUGUAAAGUUUCCGUCUCUGUAGAGGGCGUUGGGACGCUAAUUGGAAGAGGGCACUUGGUACGGUACAUGGAUGUUAAAAAGUGAUGAAAUAUAGCAGUCAUCCUGUAUGUCAUUUUGAUGCCUCAAAUUUGCAAUUUCAUAUUAAGAUCUUGUUGGGACUCGCUUCUUUUGGAAACACUUGGAUGACUCGUUAUGGGAAUUUCUGAAAGCAACAAGAUAUUUUACAGCCUUUGUUUGACAUCAGUUUAAUAGCUUGAAAACUUGAUCUCUGAAGGUUUGACUGUAUUCUAGUGUUGAAAUAACAUGCUUAUUUAAGUGAGAGUUGUUGAUGGUGUUUUAAGACAUGUCUCAUUCCAAAAUUUAAUUGAGAAUUUAAAAGGUUUUACACAACAAUUAUUUGAGAAAAAAUUGACACUGUCUAACGAGUUUUGCUUUCCGGUAUGCAGUAUACCUGACAUACUGUACAGACGGCUUUGUAUGUUUCAGAGAGGGACACGUACCUCCCUUGGCUGGGUGCUGCUGAUUUGCUUCAUUGAACCUGCAGCUGAAGCCACAACUGCUGAUAUUAUAGGUCUGGUGAAAUAAACUGAACAAGAAUAGUUUGGGGUUAGGAAAUAUGUUUAUGUUCUUUACAUUUUAAAAAAACUCGGGAAGAGCUGGAGGAAGUAAGAGCUUGAUAACGGUGUAAGAAUCUGCUAUAUGCAAUAAACAAGAAGUGCUUAUCCAUAAAGUUGUGUUUUCUCCCAAAACAUAUCCCCCCAAACAAUGAUGAUCCCUAACUAUUUUUGUUCAGUACAGCAUACUUCUAUUAAUGUGAGUCUACGUGUCAGGUUUUAGUGAGUGAGUGAUAAUUGCUUUAUGUUGAACCAGGCCUCUAUUAAGGGACUGAUGCUGUAACUGUCGUAAGUUGAAGUGAUAUAUAGUAACACACAGCCUUCUUUUGAGUCAUAUAUAAUAUAUAUGCAGCUAUAAUGUUCCCCACCAUAAGUCCUGUAGGAAUCACAAUGAAGACCCAGGCUAACAGUUGGAGCAACCCAUGCUUGUUGCAAGAAGCUACUAACAGAUGGAAUCGUCCAGCUCGCUGACUUGGUUCAUGCAUGUCAUUGUAUCCCAGUUGCGUGGAUUGUUGCUCAUGAUGUCAAUCACUGAAUAAGCUGGUACAGACUCGAUGAUUUACAGACCACAGUCAUAUAGCUGGAAUAUUGCUGAGAGCAGCGUAUAAUAACAAACAAACUGUCCAAAUUAACAGUACAGGUUGACUAGCGACACUUUUCCUGUGCCACUAGUGUGAAAAUAGGAGGCUAACAGAGCUUGUGGGAAACUAAGGUGUUGGACUUUUAGCUCUGCCUUUAACAGAGGGGCAUGGUAAUUGGCCAACAACAUGAUUGUAAGGCUACAACUAUCUUAAAUCCAUGAGAAAGAACAUAAGAUGGUUGUAGCACUGAGGUAACUUGAGGCCUGGUCCAGAGAGCUAAGUAUGUAAGUGACACUAGUUGUAGCCCAGAGGUAAGGCCUGGUCCAGAGAGCUAAGUAUGUAAGUGACAAUGGUUGUAGCCCAGAGGUAACACGUUGGCCUGGCCCAGAGAGCUAAGUAUGUAAGUGACAAUGGUUGUAGCCCAAAGGUAACACGUUGGCCUGGCCCAGAGAGCUAAGUAUGUAAGUGACAAUGGUUGUAGCCCAGAGGUAACACGUUGGCCUGGCCCAGAGGGCUAAGUAUGUAAGUGACAAUGGUUGUAGCCCAGAGGUAACACGUUGGCCUGGCCCAGAGAGCUAAGUAUGUAAGUGACAAUGGUUGUAGCCCAGAGGUAACACGUUGGCCUGGCCCAGAGAGCUAUACUGCUUGUUGAUUGCAGUGUACAGCAAGUGUAAACAUAGGUUUGUUCUUCUCAAUUUCACUGGAACUGUUGGUUGCAAUACGUUGUAGAAUGGUAAACUUUGACUUUAAUAAAAACAUACCAGUACAAAGGUUGAAAAGUAAUGUCUAAAUUGAUUCACAGAACAAUAGAAAACAAUGUGCAAGAAUGAGUUGGGCCCUCUUUUCUUUGGGAAGAUCUUGAACCCGGCUGUAGAAAUUUUAUGUCACUUCAGACACUUUGUCCCCCGGAUCUCUGUGGGUACAGUGCAUGUAAGUUGUCUUCAUCUCUGGUUCCCAAAUCUCUCUCUCUGAAUGUUGCCUUGAAAAAAGGGAGGAGUGUCUUGUCCAUCAUUCUAACAAGCAUAAUUGAUUAGGAUGAAUGUUAUCAUUAAGGACAAACAAUUAAAUGGUUUUGUUUAUUUUACAACCUUAUUCCUCUGAAUAUGUUUUCUCCCUGUGAUUAAAGUCAGAAAGAAACUGUGACAGCAAUAUAUUCAGCUGAUAAAAUUCUAUAAAAAAUGACGAUCCUUAUCAAACAUUCCAAUUUUUGCCCUGAGAUUUGAAUAUCUUUGACCUUUUCAAGGUCAGAGGUGUAAAAUUUCAGUGGCAAAGAUUUGAAUGUGCUUUUUUUUUAAAACUCUGAAAAUGGCCUUGACCUUUGACCCCACACAUGUUUCUGUUUCCUGGUCAAAGGUCAAGGGUCAUAGAUAACAUAACAUGUCUGCAUGUGUCUGCACAUUUAGAGAAGAUCAGCAACACAAGAGCUUAUUUUAUUGCAGACAGAGUAAAUACAGCAAGUAAGAUAAAACUGUCUCAGUAGGUUAUUUAAAGCUUCUUGGGUAGAAACGUUGGUUCUUUAGUAAUGUUAUUAGUCAUUCAGAGGUCAAAGGUUAUCAAUAUUAACUUAUCAUUUAGGAAUUUUAUAGCUGUGGAUCUGGGUUAAGCUUUAUAAAAUUAAAAAAUGUAUCAUCUGUGAAUGCAAGUAUAACUGUUGCUUGCUAUGUUAUAAUUUUAAUAAUUUGGGAAAUAUAGCUCUGUUAGGAAAAAGAGUAAUAUUCAACAAUCAUAUUGUUUAAUCAUAAAAAAUCAUUAGUUUUGUUCAUUUAAUUUUCCAUUUAUCUAUCAUUAUGUUUCUUCAUCUUCUCUUUCUGGUGUCCUGCCAUGGUAUUGCUGAGUAUUGCUGAAGGAGCUUAAAAUUCACUCACUCAUGACUGAUGCUUUAUGGUAUGCUUCUGUUAUUUUCAUUCAUUUGCUCUAUUUUUAUCACCCAAAUAAUUUGUUCUUUUUCAUCUAUGCACAUUUAGCCACGUUGGACCCAAAGUCAUCAUUAGACUAUUGUCUAUCUUUUCUCCAUAUUCAUUCAUUAUUCAUCAGUCAUUCCUCCAUGUACAUUUAUUCAAUCUUUCUUUCGUCUAUCAUUUCUCCAUGUACAUUUAUUCAAUCUUUCUCUCAUCUAUCAUUUCUCCAUGUACAUUUAUUCAAUCUUUCUUUCGUCUAUCAUUUCUCCAUGUACAUUUAUUCAAUCUUUCUCUCAUCUAUCAUUUCUCCAUGUACAUUUAUUCAAUCUUUCUUUCGUCUAUCAUUUCUCCAUGUACAUUUAUUCAAUCUUUCUUUCGUCUAUCAUUUCUCCUUUGUACAUUUAUUCAAUCUUUCUUUCUUCUAUCAUUUCUCCAUGUACAUUUAUUCUUUCUUUCGUCUAUCAUUCCUCCUUUUUACAUAUAUUCAUUCUUUCUUUCAUCAACAUUCUUCCUGGUACAUUUAUUCAAUCUUUCUUUCAUGAUCAAUCAUUCCUCCAUGUACAUUUAUUCAAUCUUUCUUUCACCUAUCAUUCCUUGUACAUUUAUUCAUUCUUUCUUUCUAUCAUCAAUCAUUCUUCCUUGUACAUUUAUUCAUUCUUUCUUUCAUGAUCUAUCAUUCCUCCAUGUACAUUUAUCCAAUCUUUCUUUCACCUAUCAUUCCUCCGUGUACAUUUAUUCAUUCUUUCAUCUCUCAUUCCUCCGUGUACAUUUAUUCAAUCUUUCUAUCAUCUCAUUCCUACGUGUACAUUUAUUCAUUUUUUCUUUCAUCUUUCAUUCCUCCUUGUACAUUUAUCCAAUCUUUCUAUCAUCAAUCGUUCCUCCUUGUACAUUUAUUCACUUCACAGAUAGAUACAGUUCACAGAACAUUGCUAUCAAGUAUUUAACUCCUGACUGCAUGACUGACAGUCUGAUGAAUCAACUCACUCACUCACUCUCUCGGUCUCUGGUGUCGCUGCCUUCACUCAUCCAAACUUUCAUCACUAAUUUUCCCUCUUUUCCUUAUUUAAUUAAAGGAGUUGGGAUGUCAUUUCAAUUUUGUUUUCAUUUAAUACAAAUGUCAGUGUUUUCUGCAAGAUCAGGAACAAACAAUAAUACAGAUUUCUGUUCAUUUGUCCAUUGUAGCAUUAUUAUUAUUUUCUUCCUUAUUAUCAUCAUCAUCAUCAUUGUUGUCAUUAUGAUUGGGGGCGGUCGGGAAGCCUAGUGGUUAGAGCGUUCAAUCGUCACGCCGAAGACC